AUGGACCAUCACCGGAUCGACAGGGUGGGCCUCCUGUCCCCCCUGGAGGAGUCCAGCGCAGAGAUCAGCAGAGACAGUGGCAUCGUGUCGCAGAGUGCCAGCAGUCUGUCCAUGGUCAGCGACAUCCUGAGCAGCGGAUCCGUGUCGCAGAGCCCCAGCUUUGGCGCAGCGGCUAAUGUCAUCCCACAAAGCCCCAGCCAAAGCCCCAGCCUCCACCAAGCAGCAGAGCCCGGGACAGCAGAGGAGCACGACCCGGAGCAGGACGACGAGGUGCUGAGACACACCGCCCUCAGCUACUCCUCCUACAUCAGGGCGACAGCUGGAGAAGAGAUCCUGUGCUUAGAGAAAAGCUUGGAAGAAAUGCUGACGAGAGUAGACGAGUUUGUUGGGAUGCUGGAUAUGAUUCGUAAUGAUACUUCCCAGAUAGUGAAUGAAAACCUACCUCAAAUCCAACAGAAGUCGGAUGAAAUGAGACAAAUAUACAGAAGAAUUGAUAAGUUAGAGGAUUUUGUAAAGAUGGUGGGAGCCAAUGUCAGUGCCAUGGAGGAGCAGGUCACGCAGGCAGAGGGAGAACUAGGAACACUACCGGGUGCUUUCAAGAAGAUACUGCGCACAAUGAGUGUCCCAGGCUUCUUAAAUAAACCGGCCAGCCCAAGAAGACCAGCACCACAUCAGCGUCAAGAGAUCCCCAGCGUGUUCCGGACAGAUGAUUAUUUCACAUCGCAGCCCGAGCAGUGACAAACAUAUGACAACAUGUAACAGAUAACUUGGUUCUAACCUCAGAGGCCUGUUGGGUGAAACUGUGGAGACAACUUUUACUGCCAUCCAUUGCAAAGAGGAUCUAUUGGUGCAGUGGCCUCAACAAAGCAAUAGUAGCCUUUCUGAACAAGUCACUGGAAGUCAAGUGCGUGAAGACGUUCUGCGUUUUUUGAGUGUCGUACUUCUGGCAGCAACAAGCACUGAACUGUAGCAAAAUGAUAUUUCAUUUUUUUUUAAAGUGCCUAACUGGU